AUUUUUAUCUGUCAAGUGUCAGUGUCAACUGUCAAUGUGAGUCGCUAUUGUGAUUAGAAAAAUUAAUGAAGUUUUCUCUCAUUUUCCUACUAAUCUUAUAAAAAUUGAAGUUUAAAUAGACUCUUGUUACUAAAGCUAGUUCAAAACAAAAUUUCUUAUAUAAUAUAAUGGGCAGCAAAGGCGCAGUAGCAUUUGUUAAGGACUUGUAUAAUGAUCCCUUCAAAUGGUCAGUUAUGAAGAGUAUAGGUUUCUUUGCAGUUGGAGUUUUAGUAGCCAGUGAGUGCACAGGAUUGGAACUUAUGCCUGCAGUACCACAAUAAGUUUAACUUGUAUAGUUUGUUAGCAAAAUGUUAAGUUAUAUUCUGUUCUCACUACUCCUGCACACAGCAAUGUGUCAGGAAACAAAACCUAAUUUUGUUGUUAUUCUCACUGAUGACCAGGAUAUCACACUAGGAGGAAUGACCCCUAUGAAGAAUGUGCAACGAUUCAUUGAGAGAGAAGGGACAAGUUUUGCAAAUUCUUAUGUAACGUCACCGAUCUGUUGCCCGAGCCGCGCCAGCUUGCUGACCGGGCUGCAUGUGCAUAACCAUUUGACGUGGAACAACAGUAUCGCCGGUGGAUGUUACGGCAGAUACUGGAAACGCCUGGAAUCACGCACAUUCGCAAACAUAUUGAAGAGUAUCGGGUAUAACACAUUCUACGCUGGAAAGUAUUUAAAUAAUUAUGGCGCUAAGGACGCUGGGGGCACCACACUCGUGCCACCGGGUUGGAGCGAAUGGCACGGCCUUGUGGGAAACUCUGUGUAUUAUAACUAUACUAUAUCUAAUAAUGGUGUGCCUACACACUCCACCGACUUAUAUCUCACAGAUAUUAUCCGUGAUCUAAGCGUUGCUUACAUAGAGAACCAGACAGAAUCUCAGCCAUUCCUAAUGGUGUUAGCCCCGCCCGCCCCGCACCAGCCCUUCACCCCCGCGCCCCGACAUAAGGACGCAUAUAGCAACCUAACCGCUGUCAAACAUCCCAACUUUAAUAUACCCGCUACGGGCAAGCAUUGGCUGCUACAGAUGCCGCCUUCCCCUCUUCCAGAGACAAUGAUGCCAGAAUUAGACAGAGUGUAUCGUUCUCGAUGGGAGAGUCUACUGUCUGUGGACGAAAUGGUUGCGGAUGUUGUUGAAACACUUGAUAGCAACAACUUGUUGGAUAAUACAUAUUUGAUUUACACUUCAGAUAAUGGCUAUCACAUUGGUCAAUUUGCCCAAGUAUAUGAUAAAAGACAGCCAUAUGAAGCAGAUAUAAAAGUGCCUCUAAUCAUAAGAGGGCCGAACAUUGGGAAAAACAUCACUAACAAUCAACCAGUACUUAACAUUGAUCUCGCUCCAACUAUCUUGGAGUUAGCUGGAUUAACUGCACCCAAGUCUAUGGAUGGAAAACCUAUAAAGUUCAAUAUUGACAAGGAUAUGGAAAGAAAUAUGCUAGUGGAAUACUAUGGGGAAGGAAGAGAUGGUACUGUUGAUCCGGAGUGUCCUUGGAUAUAUGAUAAAGAUAAUUUGGCGCAAUGCUAUCCUCAGUAUGAUUGCAAAUGCCAAGAUGCUAAAAAUAAUACUUAUGCAUGCUUGAGACACAUUUCCAAAAGAAUCAAUAUGAAAUAUUGCGCAUUUGCUGAUGAACAGAAUUUCAAAGAAAUGUACGAUCUCAGUACAGAUCCAUAUGAACUCGAUAACAUCAUAGAUGAAGUGCUGCCAUCUGUGAGACAUUGGUACAAACUAACUCUCACCCAAAUGCUCUCAUGCAAAGGAGCUGAUAAUUGCGAUAAUCCCCUGGAAAACCCCAAGCUCUAUUCAAUAUUCUAAAACAUUUCUCUGUAGUAGUAGAAAUUCUGUGUAGAUGUUGAAAAUGUUUAUGUCAUAAGCUGAAUAAAAAUUAUAUAAGUCC